GAAGAGGCUGCGAAGAUCCUGCUGGCUGAAUUCAACCUGGGCUGUGAUGUGCAUCACACUGAACAUGUGUAUAGGGUUUACGUCACCACCUUUUUGGGUUUUGGGGGCAACUUUGCCCGACAGCGCUAUGAAGACCUUGUGCUGAAUGAAACGCUUAACAAAAACAGGUUGUUGGGCCAGAAGACAGGUCUGAGUCCUGACAGUCCAUUUCUGGAUCCUUGCCUGCCCGUGGGACUCACAGAUGUGGUGGAGAGGAACAGCCAGGUCCUGCAUGUCCGAGGAAAAGGAGACUGGUCGACUUGUGGGGCAAUGCUGAGCCCCCUGCUGGCUCUCUCUAACACCAGCCAGGCCUCCCUGAAUGGCAUCUACCAGUCACCAAUUGACUUCAACAACAGCGAGUUCUACGGUUUCUCUGAGUUUUUUUACUGUACGGAGGAUGUGUUGCGCAUCGGUGGCCGCUACCAUGGGCCAACAUUUGCCAAGGCUGCUCAGGACUACUGUGGCAUGGCUUGGUCAGUACUAACUCAGAGAUUCAAGAAUGGCCUUUAUUCAUCACAUGCAGAUGAGCAUCGACUCAAAUAUCAGUGUUUUAAAUCGGCUUGGAUGUACCAAGUCCUUCAUGAAGGAUUCCACUUUCCCUAUGACUACCCAAACCUACGGACAGCCCAGCUGGUAUAUGACCGGGAGGUCCAGUGGACGCUGGGAGCCAUUCUGUAUAAAACACGAUUCCUACCACUCAGGUAAGGUGGACUAACAAAGCUGGCGUCUUGAGCUCAGAAUAGGUUAGUUAGUGCCUCAGAAUAGGUUUCUUAAGCCACACCUCCCACAAACAAACAAGCAAGCAAGCAAGCAAACUCGCUUUAUUCCUACCAGGUGGGCUGCUCUUACUAUGUUGAAAUAGAAAGAAGGUUGAGCAUUAUGGGUCUGGAGUCCGUUCCUCAGCUUUGCACUUUCAGAAAUUCAGUUUUAUUUGUUGAUCCACCACAAAUCAAACUUUAGGGUUGAGCUCUCACUAACCACUUCCAAGACACUGAGAAACUAAAACGGCAUUCUUAAAUUACCCUGGAAAACACAUCUGACCAUAAAACUGGGGUAGGCUGUCUGUCCAGAGCCAUCUCUCCUAAUGACCAGUGCCAGGCUAGAGAUGGUGCCACUGCCUCGAAGGCUUUCGGUGGGCCCGAAUUCCAGCAGAAGGUGCGAGAUGCUUCGAGGGGGGAAAUUUUCAUCACACGAUCAUGGCCUGAUGUCUUGCUGUUGUGAACCAGAAGGUAUUUGGGAUAAUCUUUAGGUACUCUCUCCCUGGAUUAUUUCAAAACUAAAAUGAAUUCUUAUUUUUUGAUGCCUGUUUCACUAAACUCAGUACUGUCAAAAGCCUUGCAGGUGAUAGAAGUCAGAGAAGUGGGGAGCUAGAGAGUGUGUGCCCUCCGAGAAGGGCUGGCCCCUGUCAUGCAGAAGUGAUGGCCCAGCAUUUGCCACUUCUCAUUUGUCAAG